GGGCCGGCGCGGCGGUGAUGGCGGCGGUGCUGGCGCGGGGACUGGCGCGCGGUUGGGUGGCGCGGGGCGCGCUGCGCGCGGGGCAGUGCGUGUCAACGGCCGGCGGGCAGGACGGGGAGGUAGGCAAGGCGCGGCGGGCAGCAGCGGCCGGCGAGGAGGCAGGCAAGCAGCCCACCAUCUUCAGCAAGAUCAUCGCCCGCAGCGUGCCUGCCACCGUCCUCUAUGAAGAUGACAAGUGCCUGGUCUUCCGUGACGUGGCCCCCCAAGCCCCCGUCCACUUCCUGGUGAUCCCCAAGCGCCCCAUACCCCGGAUCAGCCACGUGGGUCCCCAGGACACCGAGCUCCUGGGGCACUUGCUGGUGGUGGCGGCACGCACGGCGCAGGCAGAGGGGCUGGCCGACGGCUACCGCGUGGUGAUCAACGACGGGAAGCAUGGUGCCCAGUCCGUCUACCACCUGCACCUCCACGUUCUGGGGGGACGGCAGCUGGGCUGGCCCCCUGGCUGAGUGCCCCCUACGCACCGCCCCCCAAUAAAGCAUCUCCGUGGAGGUGGCUUCGGUGGCUCUGUGUUG